AUGGACGACCAAUAUCCAGAACUGCAACUGCCGGAAUCACGAGUGCUGAUCGUUAUAACGGGUGGCACAAUAUGCAUGCGAAAAUCUCCAGACGGACUGGUACCUGCGCGGGGCUUCCUCAAAGCUGGACUUGCACCGAGGCCAGUUUUCAACGAUGGAUCUUACCCGGAACCUUUGGAGAUUGUUACCGACGACAAAGGCACACGCAAAGCCGUGCAAAGUCUCAGGACUCCGGUUAGCACAUAUGAACGCCGCGUGCGGUACUGCGUACUUGAGUUUGAAAAGUUGCUCGAUAGUAGCUCCAUCGACUCCAAUGGCUGGGAUCAGAUCGCGCGAACGGUCCAACGGAACUACCAACUCUUCGAUGGCUUUGUUAUAUUGCAUGGCACAGACUCGCUUGCCUAUACAUCAUCGGCUUUGAGUUUCAUGUUCCAUAACCUGGGGAAGCCUGUCAUUUUGACAGGAUCACAAGCGCCAAUGAUGAACUUGCAAACCGAUGCGCAAGAUAAUCUCUUGAACUCUCUGAUCAUCGCCGGGCACUUUAUGAUACCAGAAGUAUGUCUUUUCUUCAACUUCAAACUAUUCCGAGGAAAUCGCGCCACCAAAGUAUCCGCAGAAGAUUUUGAUGCGUUUGGUAGCCCAAACUUACCACCAUUGGCAACUGUAUCCUCUACAAAGACCAAUGUCCUGUGGCAUCGCGUUCAUAGAUCCGUCGAUCUCAGACCCUUUACCAUCCAGACGAGUCUGGAUACAGCACAUGUAGCCUGUCUACGCGUGUUCCCAGGCAUUACACCAGCGAUGGUGGAUGCAGUCCUGCGUUUGGAAGGCCUUAAAGGGCUAGUACUCGAGACUUUUGGAGCCGGAAAUACUCCAGGCGGACCAGAUAGCGCAAUGACUAAAUGCUUAGCAGACGCAGUGAAAAGGGGGAUUGUGAUUGUAAAUGUCACACAGUGUUUAAGUGGCAGUGUCAGCGCCCUAUACGCACCAGGGGCAUUCCUUGGCCGUGCUGGAGUCGUCUUUGGCCAAGAUCUAACCUCAGAAGCAGCGCUCACCAAAUUGGCCUACCUUCUUGCACUACCGGAUGCUACACCCGAGGAAGUUGCGAAGCGCAUGUCUAUUUCGCUACGUGGCGAGCUUACUGAGACGACACGAACCCAUUUUGAGCACCCAUCAAGGAGCGGUGUUCUUACCCCUGAGCUCUCAAGUCUUACAGCGCUCGGCUAUGCUGUUCAAAAAGGCGAUCUGCAAGCGACGAAAGACAUUAUUAGAGGAGAGCCUCGAUGGCUACUCAACGAUGCCGAUUAUCAGAUGAACAGUCCUGUACAUCUUGCGGCAACAAGCCCGAAUGUUGAGAUUCUGCGAGACUUUCUAGCCCAAGGCGCCUCCGUGCAUCUUCGAAACCGAUCAGGAAAUACCCCGCUCUUCUUGGCCGCAGCCGCUGGCUUACCAGAUCACGUACAGACAUUAAUCGACGCAGGAGCCCAUCUUCACAGCGAUGAAGUCAGUGCCGCAAAGCUGCAUGCAUCAGAGGGCGACGGCAACGCUGAAGUUUGGGCACGUGUGAUUGGAUAA